AUGGGUGAAUUUGGAGGAGGCUGGGUUAAGUUGCUCGAACCAGCGUUUUUGCUAUGGAAACCUACGGACUCGGACUACGAGAGACCUUCAUACAUGACUUGGACCGAGAAAGAUAAGCCUGAGCUCACACCAGAUCAAGAACUUGCAUUAAUGACCAAAGAAGUCAUUGACAGCGAUGGGUUUGAUAUAGAUUUUGGAUCUUUCCGCUGCGUUUUCAACUACCAUCCUGCCAUUCUCCAUUCAUAUGGAUUCAGUGACGAUGAGACAGAAACCCUUGAGGAUUUACUCAAGAGGCUUGCUCAGGGAUCUCUUAAUGACCACAAUGGCAAAUGUGGUACAAAUUUUGAGUUUGUCAAAAUUGUUAAAGCCAAUUAUCACUUUGCUGCUGCGAUCAUGUAUCUCAUAACGUUUCAAGUUAAGGAUCCUUAUGAUGACAAUAUUAAACACUUCCAAACGAGGGUACUUCACGCUGAUGGUAUCAGGACUGAGUAUGUCUUUUGCAGGCCCCAACCCAAUCAACGACUUGAAUGCAUUGGGAUCAAGAAAGAUGUGGAGAAAGUUGUUAAGAGAGAUCUUGAGCAAGCUGUCAAGAGUGAUGUUCAGAAAGAUGUCAAGAAACAAAAGUAA